AUGCAGCGGCAGCGCACGAACAUCCGCGCCCUGCAGCGCACCCUCACACAGCAGAGCCAGCGCAUGCAAGCCCUCGAACAAGCCGUCGACCACCUCGCCCAAACCACCGACCACGCGCUCACCACCCUCGCCCAGCACGCCAACCACCUCGAGACCCUAGCGGACCCGCUCCAGCCACUCCUAACCCGGAUCCAGGUCCUGGACGGGCUCGCCGACGACGCCGCGCCAGCAGCAGGCGCCGGAGGCAGCAUCGAGCUCGACCUGUGGCUGAUCGCCGCCCGCCAGGUCGAGGACCCGCCGCGCGCCCGCCGCUGGCGUCGCAGGUUCCACCACCUCUACGGCUACCGGUAUCAGAAUGUGUGGGGGCGGAUACCGCUGGACGCGCGCGUGGCGGAGGUUUUUGAUGUCCACGCCGACUUGAUGGUGAUGUCUGGGUUGCCGGCGCGGGGGCGGAUGGCGUUGCUGGAUCGGUGUAGGGCGUUCUUGGGGGGGUGGGUGUAUCCCGGGCUGGGGCUGGGGCCGGGGGAGGAGUGGAUGGAGGAGGAGGAGGCCGGGGAGGAGAGGAGGGAGGCGCAUGAGGGGAUUGUGCGGCGGUUUGGGGAGCUUAGGGAGACCGCCGCGGCAGUGGCUGACUGA